AUGGCAGACGCCAAAAGAGAAUCAAAGCCCAAACGGCGUAAGAAGAAUAAGUCCAGAACCCAUGUCAACUCGGACUCCGAUAGUGAGUAUGAGAUCGAAAAACCAACAUCCGCACCAGCAACGACAUCAGAACCCACAGAACCUAUCUCCAAACCAUCUCCAUCGCUGAAAUCUUCUGAAAACGCAGAGGUUUCAGCCGCAUUCACAAAAUUCUACAUGCAACGCGCGACCGUGGAAUUCGCUGAAGAUCUUGAUGCUGUAAGGAAUGCUGGGGAUUUCACUGGUGAUGCGCUGGAGAUCCUGGUUCAUGCUUUGCAGCAGGGCACGAAUGGCUUCUCGGAGGCUGAGAAGAGGAGAGUGGUUGGCGGCGAGGCGAGGAAAUGA